AUGCAGGUGGCGCUCUGCCGACUCCGGACUCACCAGUGGUGCUUCGUUCUCUUUAAUGUCGUACUGUUUCACGCCUUGCUCUUUGGAGCUGACUUUGUAGAAGAGUAUUUCUUACGUUCUUUGCCUCAUGUAGAUAUGAAAAUCCUCGACAUUAAGAACAAGGCAAGAAAAUUGAACCUGGAACCUUUAAGAGGUAAUCCCUCCAAGUAUUAUGUCCUGAGCCAGCCGGAGGUCUGUAACGGGAAGACCAUCUUUCUGCUCUCUCUCAUCUUCAGUAGCCCAGGGAAUGGAACAAGACGGGAGCUCAUCAGGAAAACUUGGGGUAGUGUGUCCAGUGUCCAAGGCUACCCAGUUCUCACGCUGUUUGCUCUGGGAAUGCCAGCGUUGGCAACUACGCAGGAAGAGAUAUAUGCGGAGUCUCAGAAGAAUAAUGAUAUAAUUGAAGGGAUCUUUCUGGACAGUUCUGAAAACCAAACCCUGAAGAUCAUCUCCAUGACUCAGUGGGCUGUGGCCUUCUGUCCCAAUGCCCUGUUCAUUCUCAAAGCUGACGAGAAGAUGUUUAUCAACCUACCAGGCUUGGUAGACUAUCUCCUCAAUCUGAAAGGCCACCUGGAAGGUAUCUAUUUAGGAAGAGUUAUUCAUCAGGAUAUACCUAACAGAGACCCCCAUAGUCAAGAAUUUGUCCCUCUUAGUGAGUACUCGGAAAAAUACUACCCAGACUACUGUAGUGGUGAGGCCUUCGUAGUGUCCCAAGAUGUGGCUCGGAUGGUGUAUGUGGUUUUGAACGAAGCACCUGUUAUGGUGCCUGCCGAUGUAUUUGUGGGGAUCUGUGCUAAGUCCGUGGGUCUUAUACCUAUCCACAGUUCAAGGUUUUCUGGGAAAAGACACAUCACAUAUAACAAAUGCUGCUACAAGUUCAUUUUUACAUCCUCAGAAGCUACAGAUGCUGAAACUUCCCUGGCAUGGAAAGAAAUGAAUGAUGGGAAAGAGUGUUCGCUGUUUGAGACUUAUUAUGGGCUCAUUUCCUGCAAGCUUCUGACAUACCUUGACAGCUUCAAGCAUUUUCACUCGGAGAGCGCAAAAGACCGUGCUGUGUAUUUUGGUGACUAG